AUUUAACCGGUUAACUACUUCCGCUGACUUUGACAGGGACAGCGCGGUCAUUCGGCGCCCUCCUUCUCGGUCGACGAAUUCCUUCAUUUUCACUAUUUGCUUUUUGUCCGCAUACAAGAAUAUCUGUGUCUACGUUUAUCCUGUUGGAUUCGUGGCGAAGACGAAGAAGAAGAAGAAGGAGGAGAAGAAGAAGAGCUUGCACGGUCUAAUUGCAAAAUCUCCUCGGCAUGUUUCGAGGCAAUCUUUAAUUAUUUCAGGCUUUCUAUCGAGGCCCAUCUUCGCCGCUCGUGAGCAGAGCAGGUGAUGACAGGAAAGGGAAGGCGCAGAAGAGAAUUAACUAACGAGAGCGCCCCCAACUUUGGGAUAUCCUCACGGCAUGUGCAUGGUCAGCAAUAAAUGAAAGAGCAUAACUCCGCUACGCGGCAGCGGCAGCGGCAGCGGCACCUACGGACGGACCAGCGGGAAACAACAGGCGACUGCAACUGGGAGCGAUUACAUCCGAAAAUCCACUAAACCCAAGAAUUUUAAAGCCAAAGCAACCAGCAGCAGCAGCAGCAGAGGAGGAAGAGGAAGAGGAAGAGGAAGAAUAAGAAGAGCAGGAAGGAGAAGAUGCUGCUGCAAUUGCAAUUGCUCCUCUUUCUUCGCCUCCUCGGCCUCGCCUCCGCCGCCGCGGCGCAGCAGACCAAUCCCGAGAUCGGCAGCAACUGCAGCCAGACCUGCGGGCCCGCCACCGUCCCCUACCCCUUCGGCUUCACCCCCGGCUGCCGGAUCAACCUCACCUGCUCCGACGCCGACUCCGGCGACAUCCGGAUCGGAGGGCUGGCGGUGCGCAACUUCUCCUCGGGCCGCCUCGUCGUCAGCGUGCCCCCUUCCUGCGACCGCUCCCUCUCCCCCGCCCUCGGCGCCCUCUUCGGCCCCAACCACGCCCCCACCUCGGGCAACGCCCUCGUCCUCGCCAACUGCACCUCCUCCGCCCGCGCCCCCGCCUCCGCCUCCGCGUGCGCCGUCCCCGCCGCGCUGCUCCGUAAGAACUGCGGCGGCAUCUCCUGCUACUACUCGGCCGCCGGCGUUGCGGAGUCGCCGGGGUUCCUCGCGGUGCCAAGCGUGGCGGACGAGGGGUGCGGCGUGCUGGUGACGUCGCUGGGCUACGAGCCGGCGGACGCGAAGACGCGGCUGCCGGCGCUGGUGUUCGAGACGGCGGAGCUGGGCUGGUGGCUCGACGGCCCCUGCCGCUGCUCCGACCACGCCAACUGCACGCAACUCAUCUCCCCAUACACGCGGAAGCCCGCCUUCUACUGCAGCUGCUUCGACGGAUUCUACGGCGAUGGCUUCUCCGACGGCCAAGGUUGCCGGAAAGUGGGCCUUCCUAAAUGCAGCGCCUCCAAGUACGUCUCCGGAGGAUGUGGUGGUCGGAACAGAGUGGGCCUUCUCGUUGGAGGGAUGUUGUCCGGAGCCGCUAUUAUGGCGGUCGUGGCUGGGGUUUGCCUCCUUAUUCGGCGGCGUUCGUCUUCUUUACGAAAGCGGAAGAGCACCAAACGCCUUCUUUCCGAAGCAUCCUGCGCUGUCCCCCUCUUCCCAUACAAGGACAUCGAAAAAGCCACCAACGGCUUUUCAGAAGAGCAGAGGCUGGGCACCGGCGCGUACGGAACUGUUUAUGCGGGGAAGCUCAGCAACAACAAGCUAGUGGCCAUAAAGAAGAUCAAGCAGCGAGACAGUAGCGACAGCAUGGAGCAAGUGAUGAACGAGAUCAAGCUCCUCUCGUCGGUGAGCCACCCAAACCUGGUCCGCCUACUCGGCUGUUGCAUCGAGCGAGGGGAGCAGAUCCUGGUCUACGAGUUCAUGCCCAAUGGCACUCUGGCUCAGCACCUGCAGAGGGAACGUGGGCGCCCUCCCCUCCCUUGGACUGUCCGUCUCACCAUUGCCAUGGAUACCGCCAAGGCCAUUGCCUAUCUCCACUCUGCAAUCCACCCGCCGAUAUACCACCGAGACAUCAAGUCCAGCAACAUACUGUUGGAUUACAAGUACAAUUCCAAGGUCGCGGACUUUGGGCUUUCUAGGAUGGGUAUGAUGACCGAUCAGUCUUCGCACAUCUCCACGGCACCGCAGGGCACUCCUGGCUAUGUGGACCCUCAGUACCACCAAAACUUCCACCUCUCCGACAAGAGCGACGUCUACAGCUUCGGGGUUGUGCUGGUGGAGAUUAUAACGGCUAUGAAGGUGGUGGAUUUCAACCGGGUGCAGAGUGAGGUGAACCUUGCGGCGCUUGCCAUCGAUAAGAUUGGCAAGGGACGCAUCGAUGAGAUAAUAGACCCAUAUCUGGAGCCGCAUAGAGAUGCUUGGACCCUCUCCUCGAUACAUAAAGUGGCGGAGCUGGCAUUUAGGUGCCUGGCAUUCCACAGGGACAUGAGGCCCUCGAUGAAAGAGGUUGUCGAAGAACUGGAGCAGAUACGGCUCAGCGGUUGGGCUCCGUCGUCGGACGACAACAUGUUCAUGUCCACCACAUCGUCGCUCUGUUCCUCGCUGUCCAACUGCACGGACAAGUCGCGCAGGGUCCCCUCGAAGAGCAAGAGGCUGGUUUUGGUGAAUACAGUGGCGGCAGAGGUGAAGGCGGAUUCGCCUGUCUCUGUGCAGGAUCCUUGGUUCAGCGAGCAAAGCUCGCCGUCCACAAACAGUUUGUUAUAUAAUGUUGUCCACUGACGUACGACCAUAUAUAAUUUAUAUGGAUAAUCACAGAGAAGUCUCCUCUCCUAGUGGUGAAAUCUUGUACACAUGCAAAUAUAGUUUCCAAGGUGCGUAAAUAGUGAACAUAUCCAUACUACUUAUUAAAGAGAGUGUUUUAUUAUUAUUUUUUAAAUUACUAUUAUCAUAUUAUGUAAUGACUAUUACCUUCUACCAACAUCGGAUCUCUGGUUGUCAGUGUAAA